CACACACACACACACACAGACGCCACCUUCAUACCGGACUCAUGUGAAGACGGAACUAAACAUCCAAACGCUAGUUUAAACACCGGCAUUUCGUCGUCUCUCACCCGGUGAACCCUCACCAGCGUUAGGAUGGAGGUUUCUCAUCAUGGCGACGAUGCUGCGGAUAUUUGUGCGAAGCUGGAAAAGUCUUUGUCCAUGGAUACAGAUGACAAGUUGGAAGCGUAUCACAGAUUCAUUCAGGAUGGUAAAGAUGUUGCCAGACAAGGGGACAUGCACAAAGCACUGGAGUUCUUUAAACUCGCUCACAAUCUUCACCAGAGUCAAAAACUUGAAAGGAGAAUAAAGAAAAUUGAAGAGCUUGUUGCUCAGAAUGACUCUGAGGAUGAAGAUGAAGAGUUUGUCAAUGUCAACAACAGCGGUUUGUUGCUUUUUAAAGAGUUGCACGACAAACUUUAUGACUACCAGAGAGAUGGAGUUGGCUUCUUAUACAGUCUCUACAGAGAUGGUCGUAAGGGUGGGAUCUUGGCAGAUGACAUGGGUCUUGGUAAAACCAUCCAGGUGAUAUCCUUCCUCUCUGGUAUGUAUGAUAAUGAGCUGGCCAAUCACACAUUGUUGGUGAUGCCCACUUCACUCAUCACUAACUGGACAAAGGAGUUCGCCAAAUGGACUCCGGGCAUGAGGGUCAAGGAGUUUCAUGGUACCAGCAAAGGAGAGCGGACCAGGAAUCUAGAGAAAGUCCAGAGGAGAGGUGGCGUCAUCAUCACCACAUACACUAUGCUUAUGAACAACUGGCAGCAACUGUCUUCAUACCAUGGCAAAGAGUUCACAUGGGACUACAUGAUCCUGGACGAGGCACACAAAAUAAAAACAAGCACUACCAAAACAGCUAAAAGUGCCUCUGCCAUACCUUCAAAGAACAGAGUUCUUCUCACAGGAACUCCAGUCCAAAACAAUCUAAGAGAAAUGUGGGCACUUUUUGACUUUGCUUGUCAAGGCACUCUUCUCGGUACAGCCAAAACCUUCAAAACAGAGUAUGAAAACCCCAUCACUCGUGCUAGAGAGAAGGACGCCACUCCAGGGGAGAAGGCUCUUGGCUCCCGGAUGUCGGAGAACCUCAUGGCCAUCAUUAAACCAUAUUUUCUUCGGAGAACAAAAUCCGAGGUUCAAAAAAACAACAUGAACAGAGCACGUCUUUGUAAAGAGGAACAAUCGGAGAACAUUGACACCCUAGUUCCAAAUCCUUCAAAAGAUGGCGGAGCAGUCAUGCCCACACUGACAAGAAAAAAUGACCUUAUAGUCUGGACAUACCUGAGCCCCAUCCAGGAGGACAUAUACAGGCAGUUUAUUUCAUUGGACCACAUCAAGGAACUGCUCUUAACCACCAGGUCACCUCUUGCUGAAUUAACCAUUUUAAAAAAGCUGUGCGACCACCCAAGACUGCUCUCUGCAGGAGCGAUUGCCAAGUUGGGUUUGGAGGAGAGCACUGCUGAAAACCAGGUGAAUGAUGACAUGGAGACCAAUGCUCAUAGCAUCGCCAAUGUUCCUGACGACACUUUAAUAGCCGAGUCUGGGAAACUUGGGUUUCUGUUUCCUCUCCUUGAGCAGCUGAAACAAGAGGGCCACCGCACACUCGUCUUUGCUCAUUACAGGAAGGUGUUGGACAUUAUCGAACGUAUCCUGGGCAACAGAGGCUUCAAAGUUUUGAGACUGGAUGGCACAAUUACACAGAUUGCAGAGAGAGAGCGGCGCAUUUCUCUGUUCCAGAAAGAUAGUCGCUACUCUGUCUUUCUACUGACCACCCAGGUUGGUGGUGUUGGCAUCACUUUGACAGCAGCAAACAGAGUGGUGAUUUAUGAUCCCAGCUGGAACCCAGCAACAGAUGCCCAGGCUGUUGACAGGGCAUAUCGCAUUGGUCAGACUGAAAAUGUUGUCAUCUACAGGCUGAUCACUUGUGGAACAGUGGAGGAGAAAAUCUACAGACGGCAGAUUUUCAAAGACUCUCUCAUCAGACAAAACACUGGUGACAAGAAGAACCCCUUUCGAUACUUCAGCAAACAGGAACUAAAAGAGCUCUUUACCUUGGAGAAUACUCAAUCUUCAUCCACUCAACUGCAGCUUCAGGCCAUGCAUUCCAGACACAGACGGACAGACACACAACUCGAUGAGCACAUUGCCCACCUACACACCAUGGGGAUGUUUGGCAUCUCUGAUCAUGACCUCAUGUUUUCUCUCGAAAUCAAGCAUGACGAGGCCCCUGAGGACCAGCAGGAGCACAAAUACAUAGAAGGGCGUGUUCAGAAAGCACAGGAGCUGAUGAAGGCGGAGUCGGAUUUGCAGAUGCAGCUUACUGAGAGCAUGGCUUCCAGCACAGAGCCUGCCUGGCUCAGACAACCAGUGAACAACAACAACAACAGAGAGCGUUCACAUGAGAAAAAAACAAGAAACCCAAGCCCAAGUUCUUUGAAUUCACAACAUGACUGCAGUUCAAACAGGUCCCCUGUUGUGGUGGACUUAAACCACUCGGGUUCUGACAAUGAGGAAGGCCAACAGAAUCUGAGUAACCCAGUUAUUGAUCUUACUGCAGAUGAAAGUGUGAUAGAGGAGGAACCUGUGGAAAACAUAAGCCAAGGCAAGCACAACCUGGAUUCCCCAAAACACCAGCCUAUCAAGCAGGAUCAGAGUUACUUGGAAGGAAACAACACACUCAACAACAGUCAGGUGAUGAUUGAGGAUUCUUUGUUAUUGGUGGAGUCCGUUAAUGAUGCAUCAGAUGUAGCUGAUGACUUGGCUCAAGAGCCAAUGGACCAAUCGGUAAAUUCUGAGGCUGCUCGUCAUUCUGCAGUCGAGAAGAGCCUAGCAUAUGUCACAGUAGCCGAUGAAGAUGAACAACAGCAAUAUUUAACUUCACAUUCUGAAAUGGACUUUGGGCACAGUUGUGGCACACCUCUGAAGAACAAAAGACUGUCCAUGUUGCAGACAUCCAACACAAGCUUUAAAGUGGAUGCAUCAUCCAGAGUCAGUGCUGGACUGGAAUCCUUUGAAGGUAACUUCAAUUUACAGCUGGAGGACAGUGACAUGUUUUCAGACAAUGACAUUCAGGAUGGUCAAGAGACUGAGGUGGAGCAGAAGAAACUGCUGUCACAGCUGCAGUUUGAGGGGAGUUUUAAUGUAAAUAAAUCCCUCUCUGAGAGGCAACACAAAGAAUCUCUUGCAGAAAGCCUCAACAAUGGCCAAGCAGAUGAAAUGGAAGAAUCAAUGAAUGAUUCUAUUGUAGCUACCAAGAAGAAAAGAGCAGCAGUGAUUUAUGAUAGUGAAGAUGAACAACAGGAUGUUGACAACAAUGAGAGGCAAUUUGAAAACUCCUUUCAGGUGCUUGGAGCCUCUACACCGAAAUCGGUACCCUCUGGUUCUACCCCACUUUGGUCAAGAAAGAGUGUCGGAGGAAACACCUCUGUAGCUUCUCGACGGUCUCUCCUUCAGUCCAUCGUUGAAGGCAUGGACAACCACAAUCUGGAUAUGGUAGAAGUUGAUGAAAGCUUCAAUGAAGAUGAUUGCAGCUCAGAAAGACAUUCUGAUGAGGCUGAAGAAGAAAAUAUUGUUAAUUCAUCUUCUGAGCUUCAGUUAGAUGAGCCCACAGGCGAGACUCUGAACUCAGAGGGGGAAGAGGAGGAGGAGGAGGAGGAGGAGCAGCUGUCUGAGUCAGGAGAGGACAUAAGCAGCAAUCUUGAAGAAUCGACCAGCGAACCCGAGUUGACUUCCACCGAAAGGAUGGACCAGUGCACAGUCAGUAUGGACGUCAAGAUGUGUGGGGAAAAUGGCAUUGACUGUGAUGUUGAGGGUUACGACUCCCUGGUCAGUCGAGGGAGGGAGUGUGUGAGCCAAGGGAAGCUGGAUGAUGCCUUGAGCUUCUUCCUGAGAGCAAUUGACAUCAAACCUGGAGAUCCAGAGGUUCAGCUCAUGACCAUUCAGCUGUACCGACAGCUGAGUCAUAGGAGUUAGACUCAAACUCAAAUGACUGUUUGAUAAGUUCAUGUCUGUGACUCUGAGGCUGGAUUCACCCUAUGUAUUCAGGUAAAAAAAAAUGGCUUCCACCCCACUCUUAAGUUUAGAGCCCUGAAAAUGGAGAAGCAUUUGCUUCCUGAUUAGCUCUAAUUGGUUACAAGUCUUCAUGGUUACAAAUCAGCUUUGAACAGAAAGCAGUGUUAACCUGUAGCCUCAGUUUUAUCUCAUAGAAGAAAUCCCCUGUCUAGAUGCAAAUAGUUUUUGUUUAAACAUUUUCAAAUGAUAACAUGGCAUAAAUGUUGCCUGAUCUUCCACUAGUUAACACGUGUAAGUCUUUCCAAACAUUUACAGCUGUGUAUGACUGUUAAAGCUCCAUGGUGCUUUAAGCAGCCGGUAACUCUGUUCACCAUAUUUAUAUCAUUUGUUUGCCAAUAGGAAUGCAGUUGUGUGUGUAGGUGAUUAGGUUAUUAAGUGGUAUCAACAGUUGAACAUGAAUGUGUGUUAAAUGUUUAUUAAAAAAUAUCUUUCAUUGUCA